AUGGCGUUGGAUGCCGGAGAUGCGGUGGAAGCCGCGCCGAUUGCCCUUGCCGACGAGGCGAUGGGGGUGAACGACCGGGAGCAAUUGGCCGCCGCCGGGGCGGUUCUGCGGGAUCGGAUCAACCGUUUCUGGAUGUCUGAAGGGGUCACACUGGUGGACCCGGCUACAACCUACAUCGACGCCGAUGUGGCAAUCGGCCAGGACACGGUUGUCCAACCGAACACGAUGCUCAUUGGGAACGCGACCGUAGGUGAGGAAUGCGAAAUUGGUCCCAACUCCAGCAUUCGUGCCUCCGUGGUCGGCGACCGCUGCCGCGUGGUGGCGUCAACCAUCGAGGAAUCGCGAGUCGAGGAUGAUGUGGAAAUCGGGCCAUACAGCCACCUGCGUCCGGGAGCGCUGAUCGAGGCGGGCGUGCACCUGGGCAACUAUGUCGAGGUCAAGAACAGCCGCGUUGGGUCCGGCGCCGCCGCCGGGCACUUCUGCUAUCUGGGUGACGCGGACAUUGGCGCCGACGCGAAUAUCGGCGCCGGCACCAUCACCUGCAAUUACGACGGGGUGGACAAGUACCGGACGAUUAUCGGUCGAGGCGCAUUCAUCGGGAGCGACACGAUGCUGGUGGCGCCGGUGACCGUGGGCGAAAACGCCGCGACCGGCGCCGGGGCGGUGGUUACCCGUGAUGUGCCGCAGGGUAGACGCGCCGUCGGCGUUCCUGCUAGACUUCUACCGCAACAAGAAAGCGGGAGCGACUGA